AUGUGUGUAGUCAAUGAACCAGUCCACAGGUAUAUGAAAACUGACUUGUUUUGUUGCGGUCUAGUCAACGGACAUCGACAUGGCCAGCUGAACUAUGAAGUUCCUUAUGGCUGCUUCUUCUUUGAGAAGAAUAACUGCAAGAUCUCACAGGGCAAGCUAGCCAUCUGGCGCACGUAUGGACACGAUCGUUUUGCGACACUUGGGUGGGGCAAGAGGAUUCACAGGCAUGAAUGCUAUGCCCGCUAA